AUGUCCGCACGCAUCAGCAUUGCACGCCCCGCCGCACCCUCAGGAGGGUACUCCUCCGACCCACAUGGCUUUGGGAACUCACGAGCGUCGUCUGGAUACAGAGCAGCAAAUCCAGACGAACCCCUCGAGAAGCUCCGCACAUUUGCCCGCACAUUCGAGGACAAUGUUGAGAUAUACACACAACCGCUGAAGCCGCAUCUGCCAGCGAUCGGCAGGUUUCUCAUAGUCGUCACAUUUCUGGAGGACUCGUUGCGGAUUAUCACGCAAUGGAACGACCAGCUAUGGUACCUGCAGAGGCAUCGCCAUUUCUACUGGGGUCUGUCGCACCUGUUCUUGAUGAUCAACGUCAUUACGAUGCUUGCUGGCUCAGCCUCGGUCAUCCUGAAAAAGCACUCAGAAUUCGCGGUCGGUGGGCUGCUCGGCGUAGUCAUCAUGCAGGCAUUUGGCUAUGGGCUUAUCUUUGAUCUCAACUUCUUCCUUCGCAACCUCAGCGUCAUCGGCGGGCUGCUCAUGGUCCUGACGGACUCAAUGUACACCCGCAAGAAGAUCUUCGCCGGGUUGCCGUCCAUUAGUGAGACGGACCGCAAGAAAUAUUUUCUUCUCGCGGGCCGCGUCCUGCUCAUCUUCCUCUUCAUUGGGUUCAUGCUCCGUGGAGAAUGGACAAUCAUCCGACUGUUUGUCUCGUGUUUCGGCCUCGCAGCAUGCGUCAUGGUCGCUGUUGGGUUCAAGGCGAAGUGGUCCGCCGCGUUCCUGGUCAUCACUCUCAGCAUAUUCAACGUCUUCAUCAACAACUGGUGGAGCGUGAGUUCGAAACACCCGCAGCGGGAUUUCCUGAAAUAUGAUUUCUUCCAGACACUAUCAAUCGUCGGUGGUCUGAUCCUUCUCGUGAACAUGGGCCCUGGGGGUCUAUCCGUGGACGAGAAGAAGAAGACAUACUAG